AUGAUGGGAAGAAAUAAAACUGUCAUCUCAGAGUUCCUCCUCCUGGGCCUGCCGAUUGCACCAGAGCAUCAAAACCUGUUCUAUGCUCUGUUCCUGGCCAUGUAUCUUACCACCGUCCUGGGGAACCUCCUCAUAACUUUCUUGAUUCAAUUGGACUCUUACCUCCACACACCGAUGUAUUUCUUUCUCAGCAGUUUGUCAUUCUCUGACCUCUGCUUCUCUUCUGUGACUAUCCCCAAGUUGUUGCAGACCAUGCAGAGCCAAGACCCAUCCAUCCCCUAUGCCGGCUGCCUGACCCAAAUGUAUUUCUUCCUCUUCUUUGGAGACCUGGAGAGCUUCCUCCUUGUGGCCAUGGCCUAUGACCGCUACGUGGCCAUCUGCUUCCCCCUGCACUACACCACCAUCAUGAGCCCCAAGCUCUGUCUCUCCUUGGUGGUGCUGUGCUGGCUGCUGACCACGUUGCACGCCAUGCUGCACACCCUGCUCACGGCCAGACUGUGUUUUUGUGGGGACAACGUGAUCCCCCACUUUUUCUGUGAUAUGUCUGCUCUGCUGAAGCUGUCCUGCUCUGACACGCGUGUUAAUGAGUUGGUGAUAUUUAUCACGGGGGGACUCAUUCUUGUCAUUCCGUUCCUACUCAUCGUCAUGUCCUAUGCACGGAUUGCCUCCUCCAUCCUCAGGGUCCCUUCUACUAGGGGUAUCCGCAAGGCUUUCUCUACCUGUGGCUCCCACCUCUCUGUGGUGUCACUGUUGUAUGGGACAGUAAUUGCUCUCUAUUUGUGCCCAUCAGCUAAAAAUUCUACUGUGAAGGAGACGGUCAUGGCUAUGAUGUACACUGUGGUGACCCCCAUGCUGAACCCCUUCAUCUACAGCCUGAGGAACAGAGACAUGAAGGGAGCCCUGGGAAGAGUCUUUUGGAAAAAGAAAACUCCCUUCUCUCUGUGUUGCUAA